GUAGAUAUUAUCGUCCCAUUUUGCAGAGGAGAGGACUGAGGCUUAAGGAGGCAAAUUCCCAUAGCUAGUGAGUCAAGAGUCUGGAUUUUAAUACUUGCAGCCUGACUCCUCCCCGCCCCUGGCACACUGGGUCUUCUGCUGUGACUUCCCCUCUAUCUGGAUUGGGGGAAGGCAGGAAAAACACUGACCCUCUCCCACAGAGCCUCAGCCAGUGACACUGCUUCCUGGAUGAGAAGGACGGCCCUGAAGCCCACAGCAAAGCCAGCCCCACAGCCACAGUCCCUCCAGUCUCCUUGCAGCUCCCCAGCAGCCCAGACCCACCACCGGCCCUCCAGGACCAGAGGCGCUCCAGACAGAAACUCAGGCAUUUGCUGGUCCUGAUGUCAGUCAGGGACAACAUGGGGCCUACCCCCUCGGAAGGGUUCACCACAGCACCUGCCAGUGACUUUGGGGAGAUCCACAACUGGAAUGAACUGCUCUACUUCUUCAACCACACUUUGCCCGAGUGCCACAUGGAGCUCAGGGAGGACACCAAGCAAGUGACCCUCUUUGUCUUCUACCUGGCCAUCUUCGUGGUGGGGCUGGUGGAGAACCUCCUGGUGAUCUGCGUCAACUGGCGCUGCCUAGGCCGGGCGGGGCUGCUCAACCUCUACGUUCUCAACAUGGCCAUAGCGGACCUGGGCAUCGUCCUAUCUCUGCCCGUGUGGAUGCUGGAGGUCAUGCUGGACUACACCUGGCUCUGGGGCAGCUUCUCCUGCCGCUUCACUCACUACUUCUACUUUGCCAACAUGUACAGCAGCAUCUUCUUCCUGGUGUGCCUCAGUAUCGACCGCUACGUCACCCUCACCAACACCUCUCCCUCCUGGCAGCGCCACCAGCACCGGAUGCGGCGGGCCGUGUGCGCGGGUGUCUGGGUCCUCUCUGCCGUCAUCCCACUGCCCGAGGUGGUGCACAUCCAGCUGGUGGAGAGCUCGGAGCCCAUGUGCCUCUUCAUGGCGCCCUUUGAAACGUACAACACGUGGGCCCUGGUGGUGGCCCUGUCCACCACCAUCCUGGGCUUCGUGCUGCCCUUCCCUCUCAUGGUGAUCUUCAACGUGCUGACGGCCUGCCGGCUUCGGCAGGCGGGAUGGCCAGAGGGCCGGCGCCACUGCCUGCUGGUGUGUGCCUACGUGGCCGUCUUUGCCGUCUGCUGGCUGCCCUACCACGUGACCCUGCUGCUGCUCACGCUGCACGGCACCCACGUCUCCCUCCACUGCUACCUGGUCCACCUGCUGUACUUCUUCUACGACAUCAUUGACUGCUUCUCCAUGCUCCACUGCGUCGUCAACCCUAUCCUCUACAACUUUCUCAGCCCGAGAUUCCGGGACCAGCUGCUGAGUGCUGUGGUCCACUACCUUCCCAAGGUCCGGGCCAGGGGGGACAGACGUGCUUCCUCCCUCUCCUCCUCCUCCACUCAGCACUCCAUCGUCAUCAUCAAGGAGGGCGCCCAGCCCGCCGCAGCAGGCCCCAGCACCACCCAGGCCUGAACUUCUAAGCGCCAACUACCUCGCCCAUCCCUGCCCCUCAGCCUCUCCUAGGCAGCUGAGGUAGAUCCCACUCUUCUCCAUCAGCAAACUAGGAGGCUAGACGUGUAGGUGAGAGUUUUUUUUGGGGGGGGGGGGUGUCGGGGAAAGGGUCAGAACACUCAUGGUUAAUUUUGAGUAUGUCCUGUAAUAUUGAGGUGAGAGGAGGAGAGGGGGCCAGGGAGGGGUCGAGAACAAGUCCUCAGUGUUGUACUAUUUGUCUCGGUCCUCAGGACUAAAGAAGACACUCAGGAAAAAAAAAAAAAAGUGAAAUAAAUAACAGAGACAGCCAUGACUCUGGCUCUUUCAAAACUCUGUACUUCCAGCUGGGAUAGGCUAAAGAGAUGCUCAACAGAGACGCACUCAUUUCAGCAAUCACCCUGGCCGGAAGGAGUGUGCUCCGCAGGGAGCUCACACAACUUUCCUUUUGUGUUUGUGUGUUGCUGUUCUCCCGGAGAACUAU